AUGCUCGGGAGGAAACGAGACUCUCACUGCAGCAAAGGAAACAAGAAGAAGCUGCAGAGAGCUCAGAGCCUCGUACCUGUUCUCUUCUCGCUGCUCGCCAGGACUCUGGAGUCCUGUCCCGGUGAUAACACCAACAUGGAGUACACCAAACAGCUGCUGCUCAGCUGUCUGCUCAACGUUCUGCACCGGCUGAGUCCCGACGGCAGCGCCGUGGCAACCGACGUGCUGGACGAGGAGAAGUUCAGCGUGGAGCUGGUGGUUCAGGUCAUCCGAGCGUCAGACAUGCCUCAGACGCAUCACCACGCUCUGCUGCUGCUCGGCGCCGCUGCCGCCAUCUUCCCCGAGAAAGUUCUUCACAACAUCAUGCCGAUCUUCACCUUCAUGGGCGCCAACAUCAUGCGUCUGGACGACGCCUACAGCUUCCGGGUCAUCGACCGCACCGUGCAGAUGGUCAUUCCUGCUCUCAUCCAGGCCCAGCAGCUGUCUGACGGCAGCGCCUCGUCUCCCCUGGUCGCCGUGGUUACCCGAAUCGUGCACGUGUUUGCCGAUGCUCUCCCCCACGUGCCAGAGCACCGGAGGCUGCCUAUCCUCAGUCAGCUGAUGACCACGCUAGGCCCCGCCCACUUCCUCUGGGUCCUCAUGCUGCUGCUCUUCAAGCUGCACGCCACUCAGAGUGCCGCGCAGAGCUCCGCCAGCGACAAGGAUGAAGCUCUGGAGAAAGACGUAGACUUCUGGAUUUCUCUCUGCUGUGAGUUCUCGGUAAACGAUCAGCUGACCUCCAUCAUCAACAUCCUCAACUUCCUCCUGCAGCUGCCGGACGACAGCGAUGAUGCUCCAGUCCAGCGCUCUCUGAGCCGACGCGGAGCCUCGAAGAAGAAGAAGAGUCCCGAGGAGGAGGUCUUGGACCUGGUCUUCAGUCCCGAGGCUCACAGCAGCAAAGAGCUGAGACACUUCAAGUUCCUGUCGGUCUGCUUCAUGGCCCAGCUGCUCGGCUCCGCUAGCUUCAUCGGCAAGGUAUCAGAUGGAGGAGACGUGGAGGACGAGGCUCUGCAGUCUCUGCAGCAAAGGCUGCUGGAGGAGAUCCUUCGCUACGUCCACAGCGUUGCUCGCUGUGUGGAGAACAGCGCCGACAAACCCACCGCCAAGUUCUGGAGGGUUCUGCUCAAUAAAUCCUACGAUGUUCUGGAUAAGGUGAACUCCCUGUUGCCCACGGAUACGUUCAUCCCGGUGAUGCGGGGGCUGAUGGGUAACGAGCUCCCCUCGGUGCGGAGGAAAGCCAUGGAGCUGCUCAACAACAGACUGACGCAGCGCACGUCCUGGGAUGACCAGCAGGUCUCGGCGCUGCUGCAGCUGACCGACGACCUGCUAAGCAUUGUGGGUAAACGUGAUGCUGAGCCGGCGCUGAACCGUCAGACGGCGCUGUACGGGCUGAAGCUGCUGUGCCGGGCCGUGGGCUCUCGGCGCCGAGAGGCCUUCGGGCCCGUGCUGCUGGUUGCCGUGGACGUGGUCGCCGCGGGAGACGACGACAGGAACGUGACGGGCAGCGCCCUGCUGUGCGUCGCCGAGCUGGUCGCCACGCUCAGGGCCCUCGCCAUACCGCAGUUACCAAGGUUGAUGCCAGCAGUGCUGCAGGCCCUGUCAGACAGGAAGGAGCUGCUGACCAAUGAGAUCUAUCUGCUGAGUGCCGUCACGGCGCUGCAGCGUGUCACCGAGACGCUGCCGCACUUCAUCAGCCCGUACCUGGAUGACAUCACCCAGCAGGUGUGUCGGCUGACCCGUGUCGUGGCGUCUCCGUCCUCGGCGGCGUCCCAGCUGGCGGUGCGCCUGGCGUCCCUCCGGAGCACCCUGGCCACGGCCCUGCCCCCCCGCGUCCUGCUGCCGGCCGUCGCCCGUUGCUACGGCAACAUGGUGGUCGACAGGAAGGGCCAGCUGGCGGCCCUGCUGGGCGUCCUGAAGCAACACAUUGGUCAGAUGGAGAAAGAGCCGCUCAGCUUCCACCAAUCAGAGCUCACGUCCUUCUUCCUGAGCGCGCUGGACUUCAGAGCCCAACACUGCCAGGGCGAUCUGAAGAAGACGGCUGAGAUCGAAGGCUGCGUGAUCGACUGUCUGAUCGCCAUGGUGAUGAAACUGUCCGAGGUCACGUUCAGGCCGCUCUUCUUCAAGCUGCUGGACUGGAGUAAAUCGGGCAGCACCGAGCGUGUCCUGACUUUCUACCGCCUGGUGGACUUCAUCGCCGAGAGACUCAAAGGACUCUUCGUGCUGUUUGCAGGAAAUCUGGUGAAGCCAUUCGCUGACCUGCUGAACCAGACCAACAGCUGCCAGACCGGUACUCCACUGUUUGGCUCCAGUUGUGAGGAGAAGACCUGUCUGCUGCUCGGCUUCGUCCUCGACUGUCUCCAGAAGAUCUUCCUGUUCGACACGCAGAGAUUCCUGAGUAGAGAGAGAGCUGAAGCUCUGCUGACCCCACUGGUAGACCAGCUAGAGAACAGUGUGGGAGGACAGCAGCAGUAUGAGCAGAGAGUGACCCAGCACCUGGUUCCCUGCCUGGGCCAGUUCUCGGUGGCGCUGGCCGACGAAUCUCUGUGGAAAACUCUCAACUACCAGAUCCUCCUGAAGACCCGAAACGCUGACUCCAAGGUGCGUUUCUCAGCGCUUGUGAUGCUGAUGGAGCUGGCCUCCAAACUGAAGGAGAACUACAUGGUGCUGCUGCCGGAAACCAUCCCCUUCCUCGCUGAACUGAUGGAGGAUGAGUGUGAGGAGGUGGAGCAGCAGGUCCAGAAGGUGGUCCAGGAGAUGGAAAACAUCCUGGGAGAACCUCUGCAGAGCUACUUCUAACGAACACACACACACACACACACACACACACACACAGACAGACAGACAGACAGACAGACAGACACAUUUCUUUCUGUGAUAUGAUGCGAAAUU